GAAUAAAGCCGAAAAACUGAAAACCCAAUGAAUCCAGCGAAUCAAGAUUCAGGACUCCAGGAGAGGAAAGGAAAACCCUUCCUUCCCUGUCGAUUGUACAGUAGAGAAGCGAGCACUCGAGACCUCCAUCUUCAGCCCUCACUUGCAACGCCCAUCAAAAGAAUCCAGGAUUUCAAUUGACACUUAACUACAAUGGAAGCCAAGUUCUUUCGUUUUCUGAAGAUUGUUGGUGUUGGAUAUAAAGCCAGGGCUGAAGCAGAGGGACGCUUAUUAUUUCUCAAAUUGGGGUACAGUCAUGAGGUUGAACUAACUGUUCCUCCGGCUGUUCGUGUCUUCUGUUUCAAGAACAAUGUAGUUUGCUGCACUGGAAUAGACAAGCAUAGGGUGCACCAGUUUGCUGCUGCUGUUCGUAGUUGCAAGCCUCCUGAAGUUUACAAAGGCAAGGGCAUAAUGUACACUGAUGAAGUUAUCAAGAAGAAGCAAGGGAAGAAGUCCAAAUGAGGGCCAAUGUGUUGUUACCUUCGAGGCUGGUUCACAGUACUUCUUUCUGUAGAAGCUAUUUUCAUUGUUGAGCCCAAAAUGAAAGGAUUUUGUAGUUUGAAGCUGUCUGAAAUAAUGUUUAAACGUUGAACAAUCAUUCAAGUUUUAGUCGCGAUUGCAGAUUCCUGUC